AUGUCUGCAAUUAUAUCAGCAGUAUUAAAAGGCACAAUUGGCUUGAUCUUGAAAAAAGGAAGAGAUGUAGCGGCGGAGAAGUUGAAAGACGGCGACGUAACUGAUCAGAAACUUCGUGGCCUGAUUGUAAGUGAAUUGAACGAUAUCAAGGGCAAGUUGGAUGCAUUAUCAAAAAAAGAUCUCAAAGCAGCUGUAGACUUUUUUGGAACAGGACUCAAGAAUUUAAAUGGUGCAGUCGUUGCAAUGCGCGGUGCUAAUGUUAGUGUGGAAGCUGGUGAAGUAUCUGAAACAAAUGAAGAAGAGGACUUUGACGAACUAGCUUUGCCCUCAGACACUGAUCCUGGGAAGACAAUUGCCGUCGCCGCUGGAAUAAGAAACAUGCAACUAACUGAGUUGGAUGAAACAACGAAAAGUCUGCUUUCAAAGGCAAAGGAGAAAUUCAGACUGGCUGUUGAAUACACAACACACGCUUGCAACAAUGAAGCCCUCAGCACGUUUGAUCGGAUCACAGCCAUUCGAUAUCGUGUUAUGGCGGCAAUGUUAGAGUCAGCAGCCGAGACAGCAAGAACCACUGGCGACUUGAAAAGCGCUUUAAUGAGUGCAUUACCAGAGUGUGAACAUUGCCUGGAGAUACUCAAUUCGUUACCUGCUGUUCAGAACAGCUUUAAAGUGGAGCUCAGUAAAGGUCUCCUAAACAUAAGAGGUCAAUUUGGUAAAGAUGAACGGAUGCAGAUAAUUUCCAUCGUGUGUCAGGUAAAUCGCACCAUCUACGAUGCCAUGCGAACGGUUGGUAAAGACGUACAUGUCUUGGUGUGGCCAUAUGUUGACAUCGGAGAAGACCAAGUUGACCCUCUGCGCGAUGUAAGAGUGUUACAAAUGUUGGAGAAAUCAGAGAAAGUUGACAUGGAGCACAACUGCAUUAAAACGGGGUGGUCGUUUGAUGUGAAAUUAGGUCGUGAUGGGAAAAUCCUACGAACGAACACCCGGGGACAGUUUCUGAUUGCAAAUAUGAGGGGGACAACCGUGCAUGUGUAUGAUAAAAAUGGUAUGUUUCAGUUUAGUUUUAAUCCCCAAACUGAUGAUACUAAAAUAAAGAUUAGAAUUUAUGAUCUCGUCACUGAAGACGUUAGCGAGAAGAUCUAUUUACUGAUCGGACUGUACAAUGGAAAACAAUGGGAGAGAGAAGUGCAGGUUUUAAACAAAACCGCUGACCUACAGUACAAGUUUCCUGUGAGAGGCGGGUGGAGACUGAUAGUUAGCGGCAGCAAACUAGUAAUAUUAGGAGCAUGGGAGGCUCAUGUGUACAAUCAGAAUGGUGAGUUUGAUCGUAGUUUUGAGUUUUUCAAGAUUGGAGGCGACAAAGAGUUGGCUGAUUGCACUGCUACUUACGAUGGCCGCAUCUUGAUAAGGCACGAUAAAGGAAACUUCAGCGAUUACUUCUGUGUUCAUGUAUUCACAAUGGAGGGACAGGAGAUUGCAAAAUUCAGAUCUGGCGUCGGAUUAAACUUAAACUAUAUGUACUUUUCACCUCGCUCUGCAGGUGAACAUGUUGUCAUCGCUGGUUACAAUAAAGAGGAUGGGAUCAUAACAGUGGAGUUAUACGCUGUGGAUGGAAAGCUUGUGUGA